UUAAAACACCCUUUAGGUUUUUUAGAUUUAUUUGUUUGAUUCAUUAAUGUUUAAUUGCAGAUUAGUAGGGAUUCAAUAUGGAUUUCUGUUAAUGUUUUUGAUUCCGUUCUGUUUGUCAAUUUCCAUUGUAGGAUUUAUGUUACUUGUGCUAUUUCAGACAUCUUUUAAACUGAUUUUGUAUGAAAUUCUCUCUCUCGCUCUAUGAUUGCUAGGAUUUUCAUUCUUGGAAUUUUUGUGAGUGUUUCUGUAUUAGGUUUUAAGAAGCCGAACUAAUAGCCUUGCUUAGCAGCAAGCACUACAUACCAACGCCAGCUGAAGAUGGAGACGGAGAACCAGAACCCUUUUCAACUUGAUGUGGGAAAUCUUUUCGCUUUUAACCCUUUUCACAACUUUCCUUCCCUCCCCACUUCCAGAAUCGCAUGGAAACUAGAUCUGGGGUUAAGGAUUCUAUUCCUGCUUGGAUCAAGUUCUCUGUUCAAGCACCUGGUGAAAUCCCAUACAGUGGAAUAUACUAUGAUCCACCAGAAGAGGAAAAGUACGUAUUCAAACACCCCCAUACAAAAAGACCAAAAUCACUUAGAAUUUAUGAAUCACAUGCUGGAAUGAGUAGCAUCGAUGCUGCUACAGGCAGUAUUAGUAGGAAUCUAGAUAAUCCAUUGUUAGUUGUGCCUCUUAAACCCUCUGUUGCGGAGUUUCCAGCUGCCAAGAAGGAAGAGCAAAGUGAUCGAUUGAGUAAUUUGGUUGGAGCUGGUUACCAAGCUUUUGAAGAUGCUAUUUUAAAUAAACUGACAAAGGCUGCCAAAAAACAACAAAAAUGAUGACAAAAAGGUCUUAGGAGCAGAUUGCAAAUGCAUCAGUGGCAUUUUAUCCACAGAUGUUUUGCCAACAUGUCCUAAAUUUACUAGUUCGGGAUUGAAUUUUAGCUUUCUGAAGUAUACCUUUUAAGAAGAGAGAUGAACCAUUCGGGUUAAAGACAUAAGUUCUUAUGUAUGUAAAUUCUAUCUUCAUUUAUUAAUGCUCAAUACUUCAAACUAUUUGAUCUGUAAUUUUCAUAAGUAGAAAAUUCUUCUUACAAUCUAUGCAAUAAUAUUUGUUUUCUUAUUGUAAGAAUAUUUUUAACAUUGUAAAUUUUAACAUUAUUGUAAGAAUAUUUUGAAUUAUACUUCAGUUAUCAAUUUAUAUCAUAUAUUUUUCGUUGAA